GGGGCGCUUAGAGCGGCCGCGCCCGCUCAGUUUUCCCCACAGCGGGCUUCUCCUCCCGCCCCGCCCAGACGACUGCGGCGUCCGGGAGGCCGGAGUGUCCCAAGUGCCCCUGGAGAGCGGGAGUGGGACGGAGCUUGAGGCUGAGCCAAGGCGCCGCACCCCGAACGCCCGCGGAGAGAGCGGCUGCUGCCCACAUCCCCGUUCGUCCCACGCCGUCCCCCGCCCCGUUGUCCAGUGGCCCGAUCUAACCAUGAGCUACCCUGGCUUUCCCCCGCCCACAGGUGGCUAUCCCCCAGCUGCACCAGGUGGUGGUGCCUGGGGAGGUGCUGGCUACCCCCCACCCAACAUGCCUCCCAUUGGGCUGGAUAAUGUGGCCAACUACACAGGGCAGUUCAACCAGGACUACCUCUCAGGACUGGCAGCCAACAUGUCUGGGACAUUCGGAGGAGCCAACAUGCCCAACCUGUACCCUGGGGCCCCUGGGGGUGGUUACCCUCCGGUGCCCCCUGGGGGUUUUGGGCAACCCCCUUCCACCCAGCAGCCUCCAUAUGGAAUGUACCCGCCCCCUGGAGGAAACCCACCCUCCGGGAUGCCUUCAUAUCCGCCAUAUCCAGGGGCUCCUGUGCCAGGCCAUCCCAUGCCGCCCCCUGGGCAGCAGCCCCCAGGGGCCUACCCUGGGCAGCCACCGAUGACCUACCCUGGACAGCCACCAAUGCCACCUCCUGGGCAGCAGCAGCAGCCCAUGCCAAGUUAUCCAGGAUACUCAGGGUCCGGGACUGUCACCCCUGCUGUGUCCCCAGCCCAGUUUGGAAACCGAGGCACCAUCACAGAUGCUCCUGCCUUUGACCCCUUGCGAGAUGCUGAGGUCCUGCGGAAGGCUAUGAAAGGCUUUGGGACUGAUGAGCAGGCCAUCAUUGACUGCCUGGGGAGUCGUUCCAAUAAGCAGCGACAGCAGAUCCUCCUGUCCUUCAAGACAGCUUAUGGAAAGGAUUUGAUCAAAGAUCUGAAAUCUGAACUGUCAGGAAACUUUGAGAAGACAAUCUUGGCUCUGAUGAAGACCCCGAUCCUCUUUGACAUUUAUGAGAUAAAGGAAGCCAUCAAGGGGGCUGGCACCGAUGAGGCCUGCCUGAUUGAGAUCCUCGCCUCCCGUAGCAACGAACACAUCCGGGAAUUGAGCAGAGCCUACAAAACAGAAUUCAAAAAGACCCUGGAGGAAGCCAUUCGAAGUGACACAUCAGGGCACUUUCAGCGGCUGCUUAUCUCUCUCUCUCAGGGAAACCGGGAUGAAAGCACAAAUGUGGACAUGUCGCUUGUCCAGAGAGAUGUCCAGGAGCUGUAUGCAGCUGGGGAGAACCGCUUGGGAACAGAUGAGUCCAAGUUCAAUGCAGUUCUGUGCUCCCGGAGCCGGGCCCACCUAGUGGCAGUUUUCAACGAGUAUCAGCGAAUGACAGGCCGAGAUAUUGAGAAGAGCAUCUGCCGGGAGAUGUCUGGGGACCUGGAGCAGGGCAUGCUGGCCGUGGUGAAAUGUCUCAAGAAUACCCCAGCCUUCUUUGCUGAAAGGCUCAACAGGGCCAUGAGGGGAGCAGGAACAAAGGACCGGACCCUGAUUCGCAUCAUGGUGUCUCGCAGCGAGAUUGACCUUCUGGACAUCAGAAUGGAAUAUAAGCGGCUGUAUGGCAAGUCAUUGUACCACGACAUCUCGGGAGACACUUCAGGGGAUUACCGGAAGAUUUUGCUGAAGAUCUGUGGUGGCAACGACUGAGCGGUGACUGGUGGUUCACUUCUGUCCACCUGCUGGCAAGGGCAGUGCCGGGAAAAGGCCAAAGGAAUGUCCAUCUGUUUCUAACAAAUCCUCAAAAUAGCCCCUCAGGUGUUCCACUGCAGACUGUCCGCAGAGCCCUGGCCCUGUCCUCCUCGUGCUCCUCCUGUUCCGUAUAACGUGCUUGAUCUCCAGCUCCCGCAGGAUCUCUUUCCUCCUCACCCCUCACAGCCUCUUGCUUCUCUCUUCUCAAGUAGACGUUUUGUUUCCUGACUCACGCAAUCAUUCUCCUUUGCCUGUGGCUGAGACUCUUGGCUUUGUUUUAGUCAUGUAGUUUUUAUAUGUUUAUUUGGAGGCAUUUUUUUUUUAUAGUCAUUGCCAGACAGAUGCAUACAAGACUCUUUCCUGCAUACAUAUUUUGAGUGAGAGAGGUCGGGUGGGGGGACACCAUGUCCUCACUGAGGAGUAAAAGGGAGCACCUUUUAAGGGUAAUCUUUGCAUCUGGUGAGAAUGUGUUAUGAGCUUUGUUAUUGCCAAACUCACUCCUUUUUAGAAAAGAAAAGAAAAAAAGCCAGAAAGUCAUCUGUUCCUUCUUCCAUGCAAAACCACAAGAAUAAAGGCAGCUCCCUGCCAUUGACAGGGCUUCUUAUAAUUUGGAAUGUGCCUUAAACCUGAAUGUCGAUAGCCAAAAGCUGUUUCUAAAUUAAAGUCAGCCGGCUCUGGAAUGUUCUGGAAAUGUU